AUGGCAGUGGACACAGAUUUUGGCAUAAAGAGCAGCAGCAUCAUGCGAGAGUGGAGUGGACAGGUCCAGCCAGCUCUUGUUGCAUCUUUUAUUUUCCUCUUCUGUCUGGAAGCCUGCCUCUGGUUCAGGGACCUAAGGCUGAAGAGAAGACUGCCAGGACCUUUCGCCUGGCCCGUGGUGGGCAACGCCAUGCAGCUGGGCCAGAUGCCUCACAUCACCUUCGCCAAACUGGCCAAAAAAUACGGUAACGUGUACCAGAUAAGACUGGGUUGCAGUGACAUUGUGGUCCUGAAUGGAGACAGGGCCAUACGUCAGGCUUUGAUAGAGCACAGCAGGGAGUUUGCCGGUAGACCAAACUUUCCCUCCUUCCAGGCGAUUUCUGGAGGAAGGAGCCUGACAUUUACUAAUUACAGCAAAGAGUGGAAAGCACACAGGAAAAUUGCCCAAUCCAGCCUGAGAGCCUUUUCCUCUGCAAACAGUCAGACCAAAACUGCCUUCGAGCAGCACGUUAUGGCCGAGGCAAUGGAAGUGGUGCGGUCAUUUUUGCGACACAGUAAAGCUGAACAGUAUUUUGAACCAUCUCAUGAGUUCACAAUAGCUGCUGCCAAUGUGCUAUGCGCUCUUUGCUUCGGGAGGAGAUAUGGGCACGAUGACCUGGAGUUCAGAACAAUGUUGAUGAGACUGCACAAGUUUGGAGAGACUGUGGGAGCGGGCAGCCUGGUUGAUGUCAUGCCUUGGCUUCAAUCCUUUCCCAACCCGGUCCGCAGUCUCUACGAAAACUUUAAGAAUCUCAACGAGGAAUUCUUUGCUUAUGUAACAGAUAAAGUUGUGCAGCACAGAGAAACUUUUGAUCCAGAUGUGACCAGAGACAUGAGCGACGCCAUCAUCAAUGUGAUCGAGCACAGAAAAGAGAGCGGCCUGACGAAAGAGUUCGUAGAAGCAACGGUAACGGAUCUGAUUGGAGCAGGCCAAGACACAAUAUCCACCAUCAUGCUGUGGAUCGUGUUACUGCUGGUCAAAUAUCCCGAGGAGCAAGCUAAACUGCAUGACCUCAUCGACAAAGUGGUUGGUCCUGAUAGACUGCCCACAACUGAGGAUCGCAGCAGCUUGGCCUACCUAGAUGCCUUUAUCUACGAGACAAUGCGCUUCACCAGUUUUGUCCCCAUCACCAUCCCUCAUUCCACCACCUCAGAUGUCACCAUCGAAGGUCUGAGCAUCCCUAAAGACACAGUAGUCUUCAUAAACCAGUGGUCUGUCAACCACGACCCCUUGAAAUGGAAGGAUCCGCAUAUCUUUAACCCCUCACGGUUCAUGGGUGACAACGGAAGCCUCGAUAAGGACGCCGUUAACAGUGUUAUGAUCUUUUCACUAGGUAAGAGGCGCUGUAUCGGUAACCAGAUUGCCAAGGUCGAAGUCUUUUUAUUUACGGCAGUCUUGUUGCAUCAAUGCGGCUUGGAGAGCGACCCCUCUCAGCCCGUCACCCUGGAUUGUUCCUACGGGCUCACGUUGAAGCCCGUCAGAUACUGUGUCACUGCCAAGCUCAGAGGAAAGUUACUUGGCUUGGUUUCCCCCGCGUGA